GAGAGUGUGUUAGUGACCGGAAAGGGUGAUGGGCUUUAGUAGUGACCAACGGUGGAUUGACAAGUGCUUUUUCUUAGAAGGACCUUCAUUAUCACCUUUUCUACAAGCUGCUCUACCUUCCUACUGCUUCUUUCUCUGCAUGUUUCUUUUCCCCCUCGGAAGGUUUGUGCAUUCGGGUAUAAAAGGGUGUUUGUAUGGCUGAUUGAGUGGGAAGUGGACAGGUCACCAUGGCGUUGGGUGCGGUGUGGAGCCGCGUUAAAAAUGUGUGCCAACAGAACGGCCUACUCAUCUUGUCGGUCUUGGCCGUGGUCAUCGGAUGCCUGCUGGGAUUCUUCCUGCGCGCCAAACACCUCUCUGAGCAGGAGGUGAAGUACUUCCAGUUCCCUGGGGAGUUGCUGAUGCGGAUGUUAAAGAUGCUCAUCCUGCCACUAGUGGUUUCUAGUUUGAUGUCUGGCUUGGCAGCACUGGAUGCCAAAUGUUCCAGUCGACUGGGCAUCAUGACAAUUUCUUAUUAUCUGUGGACGACCUUUGUGGCUGUGGUGGUGGGCAUCGUCAUGGUCAUCAUCAUCCACCCGGGUGGAGCUGCCCAGAAGGAGGACUCGGAGGACAGCGGGAAGCCCAUCAUGAGCUCUGCUGAUGCGCUACUGGACCUUAUCCGCAACAUGUUCCCAGCCAACUUGGUCCAAGCAACUUUCCAACAAUAUCGCACAAAAAGCAUCCCUAUCAUGAAGCCAAGAGCCACCGUCAGUCAGGACACACAAGAGACCGCCACCAGACGGAACUUCAUUUAUGGAAUCCAGGAUGACAAUAGCACAGACAUCCAGAACUUUUCCCUUGACCUGACGCCACCUCCUGAUGUGGUCUUCCGAACGCUUCCUGGCACCAGUGAAGGCAUGAAUGUCCUCGGUAUCGUGAUCUUCUCAUCUACUAUGGGUAUCAUGCUUGGAAGAAUGGGACCAAAUGGCAGCGCUCUCGUCAACUUCUGCCAGAGUCUGAAUGAAGCUGUGCUGAAAAUUGUGGCCAUUGUUAUAUGGUAUUUCCCGUUUGGGAUUGUGUUUCUGGUGGCCGGAAAGAUCUUGGAAAUGGACGACCCCUCAGCUAUGGGGAAGAAACUGGGCUUCUACGCCAUCACUGUGGUCAUGGGGCUUGUGCUUCAUGGCCUAUUCAUCCUGCCUUCCAUGUAUUUCUUCAUUACGAAAAAGAGCCCCAUCGUCUACAUCCGAGGGAUUUUACAGGCCCUUCUCAUCUCAUUAGCUACUUCAUCCAGCUCUGCCACACUGCCUAUCACCUUUAAGUGCCUGCUGGAGAACAACCACAUCGACCGACGCAUCAUUCGCUUCGUACUUCCUGUGGGUGCUACGAUCAACAUGGACGGCACUGCCCUAUAUGAGGCCGUGGCGGCCAUCUUUAUCGCUCAAGUCAACAACUAUGAGCUGGACUUUGGCCAGAUCAUCACAAUCAGCAUCACGGCUACAGCAGCCAGUAUCGGUGCUGCCGGCAUCCCACAGGCCGGCCUGGUAACCAUGGUGAUAGUGUUAACCUCAGUGGGACUUCCUACAGAUGACAUCACUCUAAUCAUCGCUGUGGAUUGGGCCCUGGAUCGGUUCAGGACGAUGGUGAACGUGAUGGGUGAUGCUCUGGCCACAGGAAUCAUGGCACACAUAUGCAGAAAAGACUUUGUGAAGGAGGGCGAGGAGAUUCCUCUCAUCUGUGAGACCAAGCCUAUGAUCAGCAUCCAGCAGAUGAUGUCCUAUCAGAAAAACGGCUGCUUCCAGCCCCCUCCUAUUGGCCCCACGAGGAAACCCGAGCACCUGUCGCCUGACGUGGCCCGUCUAAUGCUGCUGGAGGAGGGCAUCAGGCCAGCCGACAAGAGCUCCCCUCACCUGUCUCCACACCAUUCUAAAAGAGACCAUAAAGACAAAGAACACUGUACCAUUGACAUGAACGGUCUGGAGACCAAUGUCUAGACUCCGUCAGAGACCA